AUGAUAUACACUUCAGCUCUUGUUGCUGCGGCUUCACUGCUGCUAGCUGCCCCAGUUGCAGCUGAUGGCAUGUACAGCAAGAGCUCUCCAGUGCUCGCAAUCAAUGGCAUGGAGUAUGAUAGAUUGAUCAAGAAUUCGAAUUACACAUCUAACCUCAAGCCUGCCUAUGAAUCUGCCGCCAAGUCUCUCGCCGGCCUCGCCAAAGUCGCCGCCAUAAAUUGCGACGAUGAAUACAACAAGCCGUUCUGCGGUACCAUGGGCGUGAAGGGCUUCCCGACACUAAAGAUCGUCCGGCCAGGCAAGAAGGCCGGCAAGCCGACGGUUGAAGACUACAAUGGCCAGCGCGAGGCGAAAGCUAUUGUGAAUGCGGUCAAGGAGCGCAUUCCGAACACUGUGAAGCGGGUCGGGGACAAGGGAUUGGAAGAUUGGCUGAAAGAGGGGAACGACACAGCUAAAGCGGUACUGUUCAGUGAUAAAGGCGUUACGAGCGCGACGAUACGGGCGCUAGCGAUUGAUUUCGCAGGUGUCGUGAACAUAGCGCAGAUCCGGAAUAAGGAGAAAGAGGCCAUGUCCACCUUUGGGAUUGAGAAGGUCCCUGCGUUUGUCCUCCUCCCAGGCGGUGACAAGGAGGGGAUCGUGUACGACGGCAAGAUGGAGAAAGCACCCAUGAGCGAGUUCCUCUCUCAAAUCGCUCCUCCGAACCCAGACUGCCCUCCCGAGAAAGAAAAGGCCUCCAAGAAGAAGCAAUCAAGCAAGAAGGAUGGCAAGAAAGAAGCUAAAAAUUCAGCUUCUUUCUCCUCUGCCUCUUCGUCACAGCACUCUGCCGAUGCAGAGUCCGCGAAAGCAUCAGCUACGAACAUCGUUCUCGAAGAACCAGAAAUCCCUACCGAGUCGCCUGACCCGAACGUUGAGACCGCACCGCCUGUUGUAGUCGAAGAAGCUCCCGCAUCCAUCCCUCGCAUCUCUAGCGGUCCAGAUCUUCAGGCCCAAUGUUUCAGCGCCAAGAGCAAACAGUGCAUCCUCGCAAUCCUCCCAGACGGUGAUGCCCUCCCAGACGCCGCUACCACCGCUCUCGCCUCUUUGUCUUCUAUCCACAAGAAGCACGAGGAAUUGAACACACACCUCUUCCCCUUCUUCGCUGUACCGGCUUCGAACCCCUUUGUGGCCGUGCUCCGUGAAGAGCUUAAGCUCAGUGCAGAGGACACGCAAAUCAUUACGACGUUGGCAAAGCGCGGGUGGUGGAAGCAGUACUCCGGCGCUGGGUUUGGGGCCACAGUUGUAGAGGACUGGGUGGAUGCGCUUCGCAUGGGUGAGGGUAAGAAGGAGAAAUUACCCGAUAGUCUCAUCGUAGAGGCGAUUGUGGCAGAGGAGAAGAAGGCAGAUGAAGAACAGCAACCGUUCAAGAUCGAGAUUGAAGAGAUUGUGGACGAGCCCGAGGCACCGAUUCCAGAGCACAACGAGUUGUGA